CACUAUUUUUAAAAUCUUCAAAGAAACAAUAAAAUUACGAGCACUUUAAAAGUAAAUUAAUUUCCCUCAAAAUAACAAACAACGAUAAAAUCCCCAAAGUACUUCAAUGAAUUAUAACAAAAACAACAACAGCGGCAAGAAGAAAACCAAAAGCUGAAAGAGAAAAAAUACCUUAAAAAUAAAAAAACAAACAGCCACAAGAAGACAGAGUUGAUAAAGAAUUCUCCCCAAAAAAAAGUAGAUAAAAAAACAGCCAUAAACGAUUACAAAAACUGCAUGCAAUAACAACUACAACAAGAAUACGCUUAAAAUUCAAACAAAAAAAAAAACACCGACAAAUUGAAGCCACAACCGGAACAUACACCAAAAAAGUAAUUUUGCCAUAAAAAAGUCAACAUUUUAAGCAAAAUCCAAAACCAAUAAAAAACAAAAGUGUAGCGCUGAAAAACGUGCAGUCACAAAAAGCAAGCGAUUAAAUUUGCAUUAACUGCGGGCGUAACAAGUAACAGCAACAACAACAACAGCCAUUAAAGCAAAUAGAACCAAGCAGCGGCGUGCAAAAAGCGAAGCGCACGCAAAGGAUCAGUAACCAAUAACAACAACAACAGCAAUAACACAAAAAUAACACGUUCAUUAUAAUUAAAUUAUCACGACGCGAUUAAAAUAACAACAACAACAUCAAGAUAUCAACGUCCCCAUAAUUACGGCAAGAACAGCAACAACAACAACAGUAACAACCAGCGCAAAUUUUAAACGUUGACAACGCUGCAUACAUUAAACAUACAUCCUACCUACAUAUAUACAUACAUACAUAAAUAAGUACGUCUGCGGCAGCAGCAAUAGCUGGGCACAUUGCAAAUAAAUAUCCAUACUUGCGUUAAAAUACCCUACAACAACAACCAAACAAUUAUAAUAACAACAAAGCAACAAAAUGCAUAUAGAAAUUCAAGUGGCAUUAAAUUUCGUGAUUUCGUAUUUGUAUAAUAAACUGCCAAGGCGACGUGUGAAUAUUUUCGGAGAGGAACUCGAAAAGGCAUUGAAGGAUAAGUUCCAAGGACAUUGGUACCCAGAGAAGCCAUUCAAGGGUUCCGCAUUUCGUUGUUUAAAAACUGGUGACCCGAUUGACUCGGUUUUGGAGCGCGCAGCCCGUGAGAGUGGCGUACCAAUUGCUGAUAUUUUAGAAAAUUUGCCAGCUGAGCUCUCGGUAUGGGUGGAUCCUGGUGAGGUGUCAUAUCGUAUUGGCGAAAAGGGUGCUGUGAAGAUUCUCUACUCGGAAAAUAGCGACAAUCAUGAAGACAACACAUCGGCCGAUCGCGAGGUCAAUAAGACUUUUAACCCUGAAGCGCAAUGCUUCCGGCCCAUCGAUGCGGUUAAUACGAGCAUGAAUAGUUUGAGCCUGAGUCCGAAGACAUCUCCGCAUGCGGGUUCUUCACCGCAUUCGGCUUCCUCCAAUUCGCCCACUUACAAGGGCAGUCCCAAUCCCGCUGUGGCGGCCAAUGGCUCAUUUAUGCAGCGUACACAAGCGCCACUAACAUUCACCACAGCCACCUUUGCGCAGACGAAAUUCGGCAGCACGAAAUUGAAAACCAGUUCCAAACGUACCAAUAGCAGCAGUUCGUAUCGCAUGUCGCCCACAGAAUUCUCCAAUUACAUUAAACAACGUGCCAUGCAACAACAACAGCAACUACAUCACGGCGGCCAUGGUGGACCGAAUGUAGCGCAGCCACCGAAUCACUUCGGUCCGAUCGGACCCGUCUCCCCAGCACGCUCACUCUCACCGAAUCCACUCUCGCUUGGCCUGGGACAGAAUGGUGCCACCGCCGAUCCCUUCUACUUCCCCAACAUGGCCUCAAUGGGCAUGUAUCCACAAUUCAAUGGACAUCGAAAUGUCUUCGACGCGCAUUUCCAUGCUGCCGAAAAUAAUGGGCUGUAUGCUGGUAACGCUGGCGGCGCCGCCAACAACCCACCCAACGGCGGUCAUGGCAAAUUCAACAACUACUUAGAUCCACAUGGCUUCUAUGGAGUGGGCGGCGGUAAUCAGCAUUUGCAACAAUCAGCUGCAGCCGCUGCCGCCGCCGCUGCUGCUGCUGCAGCUGCCGCAGCAGCUCAUCAGCAGCAACAACAGCAUCAACAAUCGUCAUUGGCGCCACCGCCAGGCGUUAUUGGUUCUGCAUUGGCAGCGCAACAGCAGCAUCAACAACAACAAGCAAAUGGCAAAGCCAAAAAUGGCCUUGAUAAGAACGCAGUUGACAGCGCCAAUGGCGGCAACAACAACAACAACAGCAAUAAUGGCAUUACCGUAACUGUUACGAAUGGCGUCAGCGCCGAAGCAACAAACAAAGCCACCAACAAUGCAGCCAAGAGCGCUGUCGCCGCUGCAGCAUCCUCUGCAGUUAGUCCGUCGCCAUUAGCUGCAGCAGCUGCUGCUGCCGUAGCAGCCAGCGCUGCCGCCGCCGCAGCUGCCAAUAGCAAUAACCAACAGCAACAACAACAAGACUCAAACAACUCGAAACUUAUCGAUGGUCUCAAUUCGUUCUAUUCCAAUGCAGCUGGACCCUACCAGCAGUUGCUGGUGGCCAAUUAAGGCGUUUCGAAUUGCUGGCAGAGCGCAUGAAAGGGGGCGAGGGAGAGAUAGGGCGAAAGAUAGGCGGUGGAAAGUGCUGUGAGAAGGAAGAUCGACUAGAAGGAAGAAUAGCAUAUUUUUUUAAAAGCUUAUUUUUUAGAACUAUUGCAAAGACGUGAAAAUAAUACUACUACAAAUAUGUAUUUGUAUGUAUAAAAACAAAAAAUUUAGCAAAUUGAUAAAUGAUAUAUGUAUAUGUAUGUAUGUAGAUAGUCGAGCGAGAGGCAGCAAGCGUGCGGAGCAAAGCGCAAUUUUUUUUUUAAGGAAGAAAAACUAGCUAAAUAUAAAAAGCAACUAAAUACAUCAACAAAUCUUGUAGUAAAAACAUACAUACAAGUACGGAAAAACUUACAUACAUAUGUACAUAGUAUGUAGCACGUAAAUGCAAAAACCAAUACAUCUGCAUGUGUAAGCAUAAAUAUAUUAGCAAAAAGCUGAUAUAGCUGAAACCAAAUUAUAUGUAUUAAAACAAAAACAACAAAUGCAAGAGUAGAAGUGAAGAAAAACUAAAACAGUGCAUACAUACAUACAAACAUAGGAGUAUAAUAUGCGCUUUGCAAUCGAACAGGCUAAAGGAGGGGAGAUUUUGUAAUUAUAUAUAUAUAUAUAUAUAUAUGUACUACGUGUUGGAGCAUAAGGCGGGCACUGGAAAUGCAAAAAAGCGCUAUUUUUUAGAAAUAAAUUAGGCAAGGAUAUCUAACCUACAAGUAAAACACUAUCAGCAUAGUAUAAAAAAUUCAAGUCGUUUUUUUAUUAACUAGUUGUAAUCGAUAAAAAAAAGAAAAUGGAAAUAGAAAUAGAAAUAGAAAAACAAAAAUAAAAAAGAGACAUACAUAUGUAGAAGAAGAAAAGGAAGAAGUAGAAGAAACAAUAUAACAAUUGCAGAACAAUUGCAAUAUACGCAAAUAAAGUCUUAUAUAUUAUAAUAAGUUUUAAAAUUAGUCAAAAGUGAAAUUCGUUUGCUGUUUUUUAUACCCACACAUUUUUCUAAUAUUCAAAUGUUGUAUUAUGUAAGAUAAAGAAGAAAACAAUGAGAGAAAAUGUUAAAUGUUUUAUAUAUGUAUAUUAUAUUGUAUAAAUACUUAUUACUAUUAUAUUUCUAUUAUUAUUAUUGCUACAUAUUAUUGUAACUAAACAAAAGUAAAACGAAAAAAAAUCUAGUGAAAAAAGUUGUAAGAAAACCAACCGCAGUACUUUAGUCAACGCUUAAAUACGCAUGCAAAUACAUGUAUACAUACGAAUGAAUGUGUGUGUGUGUGUGUGUGUGUGUAUACACAAGCACAUUAUAAUCCCCAUAAAAGUCAAUAACAUACACGCAUGCCAUACAUACGCUGGACGCAAGUGAAAAGUAAAGAAAUAGGCCGACAAGGCUGAGGAGUUCUAAAAGGCUGAAUGGGCUAAGAAAGCUGAGCGAGCUGAGGGAGCAAACGAAAUCGGGCCUACGGAAAUGGGAGUAUAAUAUUCUCUCAACAACAACAGCAAUAACAUUUAGUGGUAACGCUAAAAUGCAUCCGAGCGCAGAAAAGCAGCGGAAAGUAUCAGCGAUUUGUUGCAAAUGAGCAAAUAUAAGGCGCCGCGCGCACAGCGGGAUAUUAAACAUAGCUGAGUUGAGGGAUGUACUGAUAGGUCAGUUAAUGUACAUAGCACUUAAGGUGGAAAAACUCUCUCAAUUUGACAGAAAAUAUUUUUAAUUAAUUGAAAUCUUUUGACAAUUACCACAUUGCUGCUACUACCCCUGACGCAUAAAUGGAGAAAUGUAGAAAAAUUCGAUAGUUGGUCGCAAUUUAUUCAAACUUUACUCCUAUAAAGAUUACAAUACCGUGGUUUCAAAAAUUAAAUCGGUUUUUUGUACCGGCUAUACAUUUUUUUAACCCGGGUUUUAAGCACCAGUUAUUUUAUUAUGGUUAUUUCAAAAAUGAAAUCAAAUUUUUGGUAUCGAUUACAAUUUUCGUAAAAUACGGAGUGAUCCCGCCCAUUUUUUUUGUUAAUGCAUGAAGAACAAAAAUUUAACAACUUAUUGAACACAUACAAAAAAAAU